GACGGCGGCUGCUUCACGUCGUCGAGCAUAGUUCGCGGCAGCAGAACAUUUACAAAGCUUGGUUUAAAAUCGCUGUCAAAAGUUAAAAAACUUGUCGCAAAUUCAAUAGAAACGCAGUGAUUCAUUAACGAUCAUUGCUGUUUUUCCCGGAAAAUUGGAUUUAUCCGAUUUGUUGACGAAAGCGUUCGUGGAGUGGCCAUUGAAACUUCAACAAAAGAACAUUUCGAUCACAAGAGAAAUAAACGAGCAAACAAUUGUCGCGGAAGUGAAACGAACAAACAGCUAAAAGGAGGAACACACAAAACGAACCUUUGCUAUCGAAGGCACUAGAAAACGUUCUGCCGGAUAAAAGAAUGCCGGAUCACAGCGAUUUGGACCGACAGAUCGAACAGUUGAAACGGUGCGAGAUAAUCAAGGAAAAUGAAGUGAAGGCUCUGUGUGCUAAGGCCCGUGAAAUUUUGGUGGAGGAGGGUAAUGUGCAACGCGUUGAUUCUCCUGUUACGGUUUGCGGUGACAUUCACGGACAAUUCUAUGAUCUAAAAGAAUUGUUCAAAGUUGGUGGCGAUGUACCGGAAACGAAUUAUUUGUUUAUGGGAGAUUUCGUUGAUCGGGGAUACUACAGCGUGGAAACAUUCCUUUUACUCCUAGCGCUGAAGGUGCGUUAUCCGGAUCGUAUCACUUUGAUCCGCGGUAAUCACGAAUCCCGUCAGAUCACUCAAGUAUAUGGCUUCUAUGAUGAAUGCCUACGAAAAUACGGCUCGGUGACGGUGUGGCGUUACUGUACGGAGAUUUUCGACUAUCUUUCACUUUCGGCAAUAAUCGAUGGAAAGAUCUUUUGCGUGCACGGCGGUCUGUCACCGUCGAUACAGUAUUUGGACCAGAUUCGUUCUAUCGACCGCAAACAGGAGGUACCCCACGAUGGACCGAUGUGCGAUCUGUUGUGGAGUGACCCAGAGGACACACAUGGCUGGGGAGUUUCACCGCGAGGCGCAGGCUAUUUGUUCGGUUCGGAUGUUGUUUCUCAGUUUAAUGCGGCCAACGAUAUCGAUAUGAUUUGUCGAGCCCACCAACUGGUGAUGGAAGGUUACAAGUGGCAUUUCAACGAAACGGUAUUGACGGUUUGGUCUGCUCCUAAUUACUGUUACAGAUGCGGCAAUGUUGCGGCUAUUCUGGAGCUGAAUGAAAACUUACAGCGUGAUUUUACGAUUUUCGAGGCAGCUCCCCAAGAAAGCCGUGGUAUUCCGUCGAAAAAACCACAGGCUGAUUAUUUCUUAUAAAAACAAACCGCGCGAACUUCUGUCACAGGAGCACGACUGACACCGGGCUGAUUGGUGAUUUCCUGUCGGUAUGUUUACUUAAAUCUGGUUUGGAAUCAACGGCAAUCUUCACGAGUGUCACAAACCCCGAUGCAGUAGCUCUUAUCCGACUGUCCUGAACACUAGCUCGUUUCAUGACGUUCUGUUCUUUUCUCUUCUUUUCUUACCAGCAGAAGUGUUUACUUUAGAAUUUAUUUUAAAUGUUAAAAUGGCAAAAUUUGCUUUACUAAUAGUUUUAAUUACAACUACUACUGAUGCUUUUAAAAUUUGUCAAUUGUAAACCUGACCAAGCAAAGAAAUACUUUGUUUUGUUUUUGUGUUAGUAGAAAAACGUAUACUCAAUUAUCGCAGUUUAAAACAAAUAAUGAUUAUGUAUAAAAUAUUAAAAAAAUUGUCGAUCCACUUCAUUUCUCUUUAACUAUUCAGUUUAGCAUCAAACGAAGAUAGAUGAAAUAACCUAACAAAACAAACCGUAGACUGCCCUUCAAUAAUAAGAAUGAAAACGGGGAAACUGACCUUGUGUACCGACAAAUUGAUACUAACCGUAAAACAAUAUUGUAGAACAGCUAGUAUUUAUACAAGAUUAAGGGAAUAUUACACAUAUAAGUGAGACACGAGAAUGAAUAAACAAGAAAUGGACGAUGUCUUGCGAGUUGCUGGACGGUAAAAAUAGUUUCCGAUUUUUUUUGUCAAACAUAAUAGAACCACAAUGAAGCAUGUCGUUUUUUGGAGUAAGUUGAAAGGUCCUAGCACCAGCAAUCGAAACACUCCUAUCGGCAGAGAUGACUUAAAUGACGUGCUUCAUACAUUUCCCGAUGUGCCUGCAGAUAAAGAUCAAUUUUAAAUUCACCUUCCAUCGGGUUGCGGAACGAAAGAGGUAAACAAAUCAGCAACAAUUCGAACAAAUACCAUUUAUACAUUUAUGAUAAAACAUUUCGCCGUUGGCGAGUAAUUGGACAAGAAAAUCGUUUUUUUUUUCUAUGAUUACUAAUAUCACUGUAACGGCUGCAGUUGAGAUAAAUUUAGAAGCAUCAAAAAACGAUAACACAAAUACACAUCUUCGGUAGGUUAUAACGUAAAGUGAUACAUUUAAUAAUAAAGCAUGUAAGACAAAA